AUAUAUUGGCAAUAAAUUUAUAAUAAUGGCCAAUAUAUGGUCAGAUAAAUAAAACGUUUGUUUUUAUUUUCGUAAUUUACGAAUAUCUAUUGGCGAAGAAAAAGAGUAUUGUACGAGUUUAAUAUAUCAUACUUUAUAUAAUAUUCAUUAUUAAAUUUAAUGUUGUAAUUCUGCAUUAUAUUUAAGUAUGUAAUUUGGGAUAAAAUAUUAAUGUACUGUUUAAUUACUGGACUUAAUAUGAUAAUCUCAACUAUGUAAUUGUAAAUAUGAUAUACGGGCAAGAGAGACAUGACUGUGUCUUCCGCUAACAUUACGCGUGUGGUGACGAUAGAGCAGUGACACUGCUCCGCGUCUAUAUGCGAAGAAUCUUUGCACGACUCUACAUACAAAUGUACAAGAAACAAUCCGUGUGAUAUCCGUAAAAAACAUACCUGUUCUUUGAAAACAAACAAGAAAGAUGCCAUAUGCUGUUUCAUUUUAUGGAAAAAGUGGAAGAUAACACCGUUCCAAUCAAAGUGAUAUCAAAACAUCGUUAGAUUGUUACAUACUUUCUGUCAUAGAUUUGCAAAAAAUACUGCUGCACAAAAGGUUUCAGUGGAAAAAAAUUUGUCGCUGCUGAACGAACAAUUUAUUGAACAUCAGCUUCUUCUUCGACGUCUCAAAGUAGACUGAUCUGUCAGCUGGAGGCGAUAGUCAAGUGCGCUUGCGCGUCUAUAAAUUUAGAUAUGAAUGUAAAAUAUGAUGUGUAUUUCUCUUAUCAUGUUCUAUUAUGCAAUUCACUUAUUUCGCGAUAAGUUUUUAAUGUAACCUAUAACAAUACUCCUAUAUUUCGUGUAUCUAUAGUCUUAUCAAUGUUUCAUCGCGUAAUAAGAGAAAAUUAAUAAAUGAUGGAGAUUACUAAAUUACAUUCAUCAUUUAUUCAUCCAUUAUCAAGCAAAUUGACUUAACCAUAGCUUAUAGACGUAUAAGAAAUUUUAUAAAAAUGAAGACGGUCAGUACUUUUCGGAAGAUCUGUCAGCCUUUUCAUUGACAAAGCUUCUCCAUUCGCGGCGCGACAUGGUAUUUGCAGGCACACGCUGUUUAAAGCUUCAUCGAACUAUGCUUAUAAGUGUGGGAUUAUGGCCGUAUCAGAAACCAUUCAUCUGGCGAAUACAAUCAAUUUUCUUCUUCAGCAUGUACUGCAGUCAUACAUUUUUUCAGGUUACGCCGUUCUUAACGACAACUUGUAACAUGGAUUGUAUCCUAAAAAGAUGUUGUUAUAUUUGUAUUACUAUCGUUUUUAUUAUGAAUUACUACUCACUCUACUUCAAUUCUGAAGCUGUAAAACGAAUGGUUGAACAUAUGCAGUUCGACUGGAAAAUGUUUGAAAAUACUGACGCAAUGAAAAUAUUUGAAGAAUAUCUCUUUGAAUCUUAUAUUUUCACAUUAUCUCUGUGCAUUAGUUUUGUAAUACUUGGGUCUUUUCUUAUACCUACUGAAUGUAGAUCUAUUAUUCUUGAUGUUAUCAUACCGAUGAAUGAAUCGCGACCACGUAAAGCUGAAAGAGAUCUUGAACUUUUCGUCGAUGAACAACAAUAUUUUUUUUUCUAUUUAUUGGAGGAGAUACUAGGGUUGGGAGUGGGAUGUUGGUCGAUGUUUGCGGUUGCAACGUUACUGACUACAGUAGCGAAACACUCAUGUGCAACAUAUAAAAUUGUUAGUUGUUUAAUUCAAGAUACGGUGACUGUCCAUACUCUUCAAUUUCCUGUUGUUCAAAGAAUCCAAGUUAUGUAUCGGAAUAUUUGUUUUUCAGUUCACUUUCAUAGAAGAACAUAUGAGUUCUGCAAUGACAUGAUACUUUUGUUUGAAAUGUGGUUUUUCCCAUUACUUUUAAUUGGAGUAUUGGGUUUAAGUUGCCUCCUAUUUCGCCUAUACUAUGUUAUAAUUAAAUUCGAUGACUUGUAUGAUAUUUUACUAUCCUGUGUAUAUGUGUUUUCUUUUUUUAUAUACAUGCUUGUGGGAAAUGUUCUUGCACAGUCUUAUACCGAACACAGUGUGGAAUUAUUAGAAUCUACGUAUAAUACUCUUUGGUAUGUAGCGCCAUUACCUAUUCAGAAAUUGUUCUUGAUUAUGCAAAAAUCUAUAAAAAGUCAUAAAGUAGUAGUGGGUGGUCUUUUCGUUGCUUCAAUAGAAGGAUUUUCUACGCUUGUGACUUCAGCUAUAUCAUAUUUUACCGUUAUGCACGCCAUGCGUUCAUGAGUAUGAGAUGACGAAGAAAUAACGAUAAAGAUAAUGUUAUUCAGAGGAACGCUGAUAUGCAUUAUAAUUGUUCUUACAAAGAUAAGUGGUGAAAGAAAGAAAGAAACUACCUAUGUUAUAUGUAUGUCAGACGUCAGAAAUUGGCACGUGUCGAUUAUUUUGGACAAAAUAUUUAAAUUUGAUAGUAUAGAUUUUAUAGUAUUUUAGGUAUCUGUUUUAUUUUAGGGAAUAGUAGUUGCCAAUUUAAUAUAUCAUAUUUUAGAAAAUAUUCAUUAUUAAAUUUAAUGUUGUAAUUCUGUAUUGUAGUUAAGUAUGUAAUUUGGGAUAAAAUAUUAAUGUACUGUUUAAUUACUGGACUUAAUAUGAUAAUCUCAACUAUGUAA